AAUUGUCCACCAUACCAUCUCAGAAUUUUUGGGAAGUUCAAGCCACAGUUUUGCAGAUUGGACUCAGGUGUGACGGGGUCCAUCCACACUAAUAUCUCCAAAUCGACAAUACCGAACAGCGGGGAAACUAACAGCAAAUUAUGGAAGUCAAUUAGUGAACACGCGACUCUGUGAAUGGCAUUUGAGGAUAAUCGAAACAGGGCGACAAACUCGUGGAUGGAGAUUAUUGCCGUCUCUGUCGAUAGCAGCUUGCCGUUCGAAGAAGGGCAAUAGUCGCUCGAAAGCAGGAAAAGCAAGCAAUCGCCUCUUCAGUUCCACGUCUCCACGGAAUGGAGGAGAGGCUGAAUGCCUGUGUGAUAAAUGGAAAUUAUUCGGCACCUCGCCAUUGUGCCCGGAUCUUGGGAUGUACAUUGAGAUUUAUUUCCGAGGUUGAAUGUUGAAAUUUCUCUGUUCCGGCAACACAUUUUCCUGUAUUCCUACAGAUUCUUUUGAAGAUCAUCGAAGGAGGAAAGCAGGAAUUGUGGAAGCUUUACUUCAUCGAAGACAUCAUUGCGGCAUCGAUCUGAUUUUGUACAUAGACUGAGGGGUCAUUCGAAUUCGCAUCCAAGGGUGAAGCGGAUCUGCAUGACAAGUGGCCUGAUUUUGGAAGAAGAACUUUGUUUUUUAAAAUUUUUUCUCAGGUUCUCAGGUGGAAUUUGAGCUAAAACGACUGGCCGGUUUCGAAUGUUCUCUUUUACACGUGGUCCAAACCGAGAGUACUUCGCAUAUGAAUUGGCAAAAUGGGCACCCAGGACGCAGGAGAUAUGAGGCUUUUUUUUCGAGGGUUUGUGUGGAGUCAGAUCAGGGUAUAUUUGUAGCGGCAAGCUGAAUUUGAAUUUACAUUACUUCAGGAGAAUUGAGCUCACUACCAGAGUAUCACUAGGAUCCCUGUCUUGUGGGAUGAGCAAAUUGGAGAAGAGUUAACAGAGGUUAAGAGAAAAAGUUUGGAGUAGCUGAUGAGGUAGAAGCCAGAGAAUUAUGGGACUCUUCGAGCUCUCGUAUCAUUCUACCACAGAUACUUGCCGAACAACAUUUUUCUUAUUUCUCAUUAGCAAGGAAGGCAAUUGAGGUUUGUGGUAAGCACGAAGGAUGUUUGAAGGCGUGCUUUAUCAGCUUCUGGCAGGUUACUUAGGCCAGUACGUGAAAGAUAUCCAGCGUGAACAGUUUCGUAUUGGCCUCUGGAGUGGUCAGGCUUUACUCGAGAAUGUGGAGUUGAGGCUGGAGGCUUUUGACUACUUGCAACUACCAUUUUCUAUCAAACAAGGCACCGUCGGGAAACUGAGAUUCCAAGUCCCAUGGCAGAAACUUGGUUGGGAGCCUAUUCUGAUUGCCUUAGAAGAUGUGAACUUGUUGGCUGGUCCACACGAAGAGUCGGAAUGGGAUGCAGAGGCGUCAGACAGGAGAGCAUUGGCAGCGAAGAAAGCUGCCCUUGCUGCAGCAGAAAUCUCCAAGUUGUCUCAACGAGUUUCAGAGGAUAAGUCUGGAGAGACCUUUUUAUCCUACCUUUCAGCCAAGAUAAUAGACAAUGUGCAGGUUACGGUGAGCAAGGUUCACUUUCAGUACGUGGAUGCGACAACUGACCCGGAGGCAGUUUUCUCUUUCGGCAUCACUCUUUUAAGUCUAGCCAUCACAACCACAGAUGGACGUGACCAUCCAACCUUACCAAGUAUGUCUGGAGCUACAGGGAAAAGUGUCAAUAGCCAGGUGCACAAACUCGUGGAAUUACAAGAGCUUGCUGUUUACUGGAACACAGAGAAGAGCCAAGAUCUUCCUUCGACCAAAAAGAGCAUGGGUGAUGAUCUCAGAAGCAAAGUACAAGGUGUACCCGGUGGAGACGAUGAGAGAGUCUACCUUUUACGACCCACAAAUGCGAGAUUAAGGCUGACGGUAGAUAAGAAUGCCACAGUCAAAGGAGGUGGUCCUCAUUAUUCUAUUGCUGUUGAUGUUGAUGAUCUGUCCGUGUCCCUAGCGGACCAUCAAUUGCGACAAAUGUUGAUGCUCAUGGAGGUUCUUUCCAUAUCCCAGUUGCGAGAGAGGUAUGCGAGGUUCAGACCUCUAAUGAGCAGACCAUACUCUGAGAAUGCUGGUUGGCAGCGACGACUUUGGUUUUAUGCUAUCCAGUGUGUACUUUCAGAUCUUCGCAGACAUCGGCGUAGGUUGAUGGGAAAUGUCGGUCUUUUAAGCACGGAGCGGCGCAAGCGAUAUGUAUCUCUCUACAAGGAAAAACUUGAAGCCUUACAAAGAGCUGAGCCAGCAAGUGAUAUUAGGUUUGCGGAGCUGGAAGAAAUGGAGCUUGAGUUUGAGAUGGAUGAGAUUCUCUUCUUUAGGUCGUUGGCUGAAAGUCAGCUGUUGGGGUCGGGAUUUGGCCAGGAUGUCUUUGAGAAUGCAGCAAGUGAGCCUGAAGCCAGCAAUGGAAAAAUCGACGAAAGAGAAGGUGAUGAACCACAAGCAUCUAUGCCGUUAUCUCAGCGACCUCUCAGUCAACAACGAGGAUGGUUGAACUGGCUAUCUUUGGGCUUGCUCGGGGCUGCAGAAAACAUCGAUGCCGCAGUGUUUCCGGAUGAUAUCAUAAAGGAUUUGUGCGAAGCAGCGGAUUUCAAUCCAACCUCUGUUAUCGAAGGUGGAAAUCCAUCUAAAGGAUGGUGCCGCCUCAUUCUUUCUAUACGGAUAGGAGAAGCUGUUGGCAUUCUUCACAACUGUAAUAGAGAAAUCGUGAAUGUAUCUUUGCGGAGAACAUCGGUGACUUUUACACAAUGGCUGGAUUCGACGAGUGUCUUGAUUAUGGUCCCAUCUUUUGAAGUUGUCGACCUUUGCACUUCAGGAUCUCAAUUUCCACGCAUUCUUGCACCCAAGGUGCGAAUUUCACCAAUAUUGGCAAAGCAGUCCAUUCGUCGUUCGUCUAGUUUGGCCGGACAACAAAGUUGGUCAGAGGGUGGAGUAAGUACUGCUCUUGUCCAAAGUAGUAGCGAGAGCAGAUUAGAGACAAUGAACGGUCAUCAUUUAUCAGAUUCUUUCUCCACACUUCACGGGGAGCUGAAUGAGCCGGUUCUGGUCGUGGAGGUGGAGCUGACAAAUUCGAGCCAAGGUUUCGGAACUACUGUCCAUGUUUCGGUACAACCACUUGAAUUUGUUUACAGUCCAAUGUUCAUAGAACAAGCCCUCGACUUUUUCUCAAAGCCCACUCCUUAUGAAAGACGAGAAGAACUCGCAACAACAUAUUCGGCUGAAAUUGGAAAUUCAUCAGUACAAUGCUGCUCUGAAACAGGAUCAACAUUUGCAAGUGGGAAACGAGUUGGUUGGCACAUAGACGUACAAAAACCAACCUUUUUAUUUCCGGAAAACAUUAUGUCAACAGAUGGUGUCCUCAUGGUUUGGGCGUGGGAUUCUCUGCUCGUUCAGUCCACAGAGUUGCAAUCUACCGCUUCUUCCAACGAGGACAUGGAACGAAACCAGAGAUUGCGAAGGGGUUUUGGCUCGAAUGAGCAGCUAGAAAUACGAAUGGUUGGUAUACAGGUCAUCGUCGUCUCUCAGUCCUCCAACUUGCAGGAGAGAUUGAACUAUGAUGCAAAGCCAGAAUCACAUCUUCUUGAACGAUUCAACUUGCAGCUAGCCAUUUGCUACUUUCCAGGCGAUUCGAUGAAGACGGCUUGCGUGAAGGUGUCAGGAGAAAUCACCUCCCUUCGACUUCAUUUGUCUUCGUGGAAAUGUGUCGCUUUGAAGGCAGUAGUAGCUAAAAUAUUGAAAUUUCAAAAGAUGGCCCGAAGCGAAGAUCUCGGGCCUCUUCAGCCCACUCCAAGUGGAAGGCAUCAGUUUACUGCCCCUGACUCGCGAACCUGUGAGAGCCAAUCCGGUGACUUGAGAGAUAAUUUGGAGGGAGAAAGUUCAUCAAGCCAGAUUGUUGUAUCGAACGUGAUGGCGGCAGCUUUAGAGUUAAAUUUCUGUCUGAAGAUGGUUACUGUGAGCUUGAGCGUUGAUGGCGAAUCCGGUUCUGUGUUCCAAGAGAUGAUUCUGGUUGCCCAGAUGCAUGAUGCGAAUAUAAGGUUUACACGCUGGAACAAUCGCAAGGAGGAGGUUGCCUUCAUUGUGAACAGGUUUCACGUGGAGGAUGCAAAGGAGGUAGCCGGAAGUUCCCUGAGAUACUUGCUAUUUUUUUCUGAAGGUUUGUACAGUUCAUCCAAGAAGGGUACAAAUACAUCAGAAGAUAAUACUUCUGGCAACCCUCAGGCAUCGUCGAGCAAGAACGCUUUUGCGGCAAAAAUAUCAAGAUCCAAUGAUAGCGGUCAAAGAAGUUCAGCCAUACAAUUUCAUCUACAGGGUAUGGAAUGUCAUUGUCACCCAAAAGUCAUGAGAGCUAUUUAUUGGUUUGUCACAAUGGUGACAGAGGCCAAGCCAAUUGUUGCAACUGCAGAGGAGGAAAGGACUGGUCUGCAUCUAGAUGAAAAAACGGAGGUAUUGUCUAACGAAUCUGAGAGAUCUCCUUCCAGAAAGAGUUCAUCGUCGCAAGAAGAGCUUGGAAGUGGGCCUGACGUUGCCGUUCAAUUUAAGGACCUGAUAUUUCACCUCUACGAUCCGGGUGGCAUCAUUGGCAGUUUGGUGCUCGCAGAUGCUGAAGUCUCAGUUUUUAAUGCCAAGGCUGGUCAUGACUCACUGAAAGUACUUGCUGAAGCUAGGGAAUUUAGACUGAAAGGACCAACUUGGGCGUCUGGCAAUUGUGGGGGAGAUGUGUUCGAAAACUCUUCCAAUGGGUUAGUGGCAACUCUCAGUGUUACUGUGAUAAAAACUCGCAAACAGAGGAGUCUAUCUGGACUAGUGUACAGUCUCAUGGAAGUCGACAUUACCUUGCAGAAUGUUCAUUGCAUACUUCUAAUUGACUACUUGGCGGUGCUUAUAGGAUAUUGCACAAGCUCAGAAUGGUCAUUCUCGAUCAACGGCGAGAACUUGUUAGAUAUUGGUACCACAGGGUAUAGCUUCAUAGCAGGUACUAGUAAGAGCAUAGUUGUUUGCAAGGUGGAAAUAAUCAACUCCAUGCUGCUGUUGCCACGAGAAUCUGGUUGCAGCGAGUAUCUGGAGCUUUCCUUACCGAAGGUCUUUCUUUCUUUCACACCCGCUGAGCUACCUGUGUCAGGGUUUCGAACCCGGAGUGAUGAACCUGGGGUAUCUAACAGCGCGUCCUCUUCGGAUGAACCAUCAGAAGUGGAUGUUAUAUAUAUUAGCUGUAGUGAAUUAGCACUGACAGCUCGUGGAUUGUAUCAGUCAGAAGAAUCAAUCGAUGGAAGUGGGUUGACUUUGGUGGAAAGGGCCGAUGGAGAAAUGACUGUUGAACUUCCUGUAUCGGAUAAAUCUUCCGGAGAGUUGAACACCUCGCCAGCAGGUCCUAUAAAUGUAAAGAUAGAUCUAUCAAGCCUUGUUCUCAACUUAGCUGGAAGUGUUACAAGACGGGGCGUUGAGUUACUAAGAGUGUUUGAGAAGGAGUUUUCUUCUCUACCUUGGAAACACAAGGCGUAUGCAAAAGGUGUCGUAAACUAUUGGAUAAAGGACAGAUCGUCUUUCAGAAGUCUAACUCCUCCCGUUUCUACUGACUCUCCAGUCAGUAUGAAAUGGUCUGUCGCUCAUCUGACCCUUUUUAUCAAGGGGUGUCACGAACCUCUGAUGGAUGUCGCUAAGUUGCAGGUCGAGAAUCUCCUCGUGAUAUGCGUUUUAAAUCGAGGAGAUAUCGAGAGUUUGAGUAUUGAGGUGCUAUCAAUCAACUUGUUACAGGGUUCGAGCUUAACAAACCUUUUGCAUGUUAGUGGAGUGGAAGAUAGUGGAGAUGAGUUUGGAUCAUCCUUUAAGUUGGUUACUCGGUCAGCCUCUGACAAUCAUGAGCUUCACAUCGCUCUCCCCGACAUCAAAGUGUGGUUCCACAUUGCUUCCUGGACUCUCGUUGUCCCUGCUAUCUCAUCUUUUUUUUCGCCAUCUUCCAAACAAGUUGAUGGUGCCUUUGUAACAGCAUCUCCACAUUUUGAAUCACCAGAAGAGCAGGUGACUGGGGUGUUACCUGCGGUCACAGGAGGCGUUGGAUUACCUUCUGGGGAUGAAGCAUCUAGCUCACCGAUAGAAGUUUUACGCAAUCGUGGGAGCGAGGAUUAUGGUGAAAUGGGUGUCGACUUAGUUGCUCAGCAAGCGUUAAGACCUGAAGAUGAUAAUGCUCAUACUGAACGUUCUCUUCGCUUUAAGAUCGGAUUACUGAAGACGACGUUAAUUUUGCCAGACUUUGUAGAAGAUGUUAUUGUGGGACCUGUACCUAGACCACGGCCGACGAGAAGGCAACUGGUGAGGAUUGUGUCAUGGACUGGAGUUGCGGCAGAUAUAGAUGAACCUAUAGACGAAGACCAGACAGAGGGGAGUCAGAAUUUUGAAGAGGGAAGUAAUGCGGGCAAGCAUAUUAUCUUAUCGUUGACAAUUCGAAUCGAUGAGCUUGAACUAAACAGGGAUAGAUCGUGGACGUUGUCUGCUUGUAUCACCCAGACAAAAGCAACCCUUGAAGAAAUUAUUCUCAAGAAGCACAAACUACGCAUGCCUUUUAUGCAAGCCACAGACAUAAGGAUCAAAGGACAAAUAUAUGUGCAUGAAACACCGCGGAUGAUCACGACAUUCUCUGUAGAAGUUGAUUCUGUCGAUGUUUGGUGUUCCUAUGCCAUUCUACACUUUUUUAGCAACUUUCACUUCGAGCCACUGAGGACUCGUUCAUCUGCCGCAACUGAAAUGUAUUGCAGUUUGGACCUUCAGAGUCAAAGCUUGUCUCUCCUUUUAAGUGAUAGCCGUUGGAGUUGCAAUUCGCCCAUUAUCGAAGUUCUUUUGAGGAAGAUCGUUGCUCAAGCCGGCUGGAGGAAACUUGAUUUUGAGGCCUCAGUUUUCUCUGAAGCCGAAAUAAAUUAUCACAACAUUCAGAAGGUUGCAUGGGAACCCCUUGUAGAGCCCUGGAGUUUGUGCUACAGGAUGAGCAGGAGGUAUGAUUGUAACAGCAGUCUAAGCCGGCCCUUCCGGACAAAGUUUGAAGUUACAUCAUCAGCUCCAUUAAAUGUGAAUAUUACGGAAGCACUCGUGCAGGCCGUAUCGCGAGCAGUUGAGAUGUUCAACGAUUCAUGGAAGACUAGCACCGGAGAUGACUUGUCCACAGACUUCAACAUCAGAGACUCUCAGUCUGCUGGAAACUUGUCAAUGAGGCGGUUUGCUCCAUAUUGGCUUCAGAAUGAUACAGGCAUCCCGAUUUGCUUUUGGCUUGUUGGUUCUUCUAACAAGGAGCAUGAUGAGGAAGAUUCUCGUUCUUCUGUAAGGAGUACUUGGGGAUCAGGAGGCGGUGAAAUAGUGCAGCCUGGAAGCUCCGUACCUUUAUUUGUUGAGGAAGGAGUCGAUGAGGUAUUUGACAGACGAAGAGCUGGUCCUGCUGCCGAUGAAUACAAUGCGAAGAAGAUAUUCAACAUGCUUCAGCUUCAUAGACGUAUAUGUGUACAGCUCGAGGGGACUGCCAGACCAUCCCUACCGAUGUCCAUCGAUCUUGUGGGGUCUAGAUUUUUUGAGGCAGUUUUCUCAGAGGGAGAGUCCGGAGAUGGGGGUUUUCGGCAUUCUCAAGGAUCAUUUCAGGAAAUUGAGUCUGAGAAAGGAGAAUCGUUCCACGCUCCUGUGUACUUCGAAGUUACUGCACAGCGUUAUAGCAAGCUAGUUCGGCUGUGUUCAAUGGUUUCCGUUGUCAACACAACCUCAGUUGCUUUGGAGCUUCGGUUUGAUCUUCCAUUUGUUUUAUCUCCAAAGGUCAUGGAUCCUGUGCUUCCUGGUCAGGUGAUGGCCCUUCCUGUCCAUCUUGCGGAAACUGGACGGAUAAGGUGGCGACCUGUUGGCAGCAAUUAUCUGUGGAGUGAACCACAGCUGCUGCCAAAUUUACUUCAGUUGCCAGAAGCACAGUUUGGGUUUCACAGGCCAGUUGUUUGCUAUCCCUAUCACCCAAGUGAUGGUGCUUUUCGGUGCUGUAUUACUGUUAUGAAUUAUCCUGUUCCAGCUGCCGAGGCUGAUACUUUCUCUCAUAGCAAAGGAGGUCGAAAACUCUCUACCGGGCGAGCCAAUGUUAGAGAUAACCUUGGCAUAGGUUUAUCAAAUGGAUCAGAAGCAGUUAAAAGCUGCCUGUUUUGGGAAAUUACUCUUAAAGCACCGCUGGUGAUCAAGAACUGUUUACCUUCCAAUCUGACACUGAAAAUCGAGAGUGGAGCUGGUGUUGUGAACAGUGUUUGCGCCCCAGAGGGGGACUCCUUAUUUGUAUAUGAUAUUGAUACAAUGCACGAUCUGAGCUUGACUAUCCUGGCAUCAUCCUAUAUGCCAACUUCUGUCAAAGUCACAAAUGCGGCAGUAUUGACAACCGAUAUGACAAGAAGCACGGAACAGGAUGCUAAUGUGACACACGUUGAAGCAUUAAUCCUCAAACCAGAGACCAACACUUAUUCGUCUGUAUGUAUUGAGACGGAAACAACUGUAGACUUAGUGAGUGGAGCCAGAGAGCUUCGUAUCUCGUCUCCUUUCUGGCUCUACAAUUGUAGCUGUCUCAACUUAGCCGUUAUGGAUGGUGAUGUGGAUAUAUCUUCUGGAUUAGAGCAGCAUCUUGGAGGAACAAGAAAUGAGAAAGCGAUUAGUGAGGAAAAAUCCUUCACAUCAGCAGGAUCUCGAUUCUUUGGAACUAUAAGUGGGCUCCAGGCUGCUUACGAGGCACCUGAACCGGAAGUAACUGAGACAGUCGUGAGGCGUUCCAUCAAAAUCGGUACAAGACAUCGAAACUACAGUGGAAAACCGCCGCUUUCAACUGGAUCAAGGCAGUCAGGAAAGAAUAAGGAAGCCUUUGGAGAUGGUCCACACGGAGUAACUGCUGAGCAGCAGAAACCUGCCGAGCUCGAGAGCGUUAGCAGCCAAAUGGUCAUGUAUUCGCCUGUACAAGGCACAGAUGCAAGUGAACCGCACCUGCGGGCCAGGAUCGUAAGAACUAGACCGAAUGAACUAGGAAAGAAGGAUUCGUCUGAAGGAAUGUGGUCACGUCCGUUUCUGCUGGAACCACCAGGAGGCAUCAACGUAGUCACUAUUCCACAACCAGACAGCACUGGAGCAUAUGUUGUUGCUGUAAUAUCUGCUCCAGCUUUAGGAUCAUGUGCGGGAAAGACUAAAACUAUAACAUUUCGGCCACGAUUCGUUCUUGCAAACGUCUCCAAGCAGGCUCUUUGCUACAAACAGCAAGGAACGGAUGCAUUCCAGCGGCUAGAUAGGGGAAAACAUGCUCACUUGCAUUGGCAUGAUAUAAGCAGAGAGUUCUUAGUGUCCGUGCGCGUUGAUGAUCAUGGAUGGGACUGGUCCGGUGGUUUCGCCCCAGAUCAAUUGGGAGAUACGCAGGUUAAAGUACGCAACCACACAACGGGCGCUACACAGAUGCUGCGGGUGGAAGUUAGCAUUGUUGGAGGAUCCGCUGGUGGCGCAGAGGGAGCUGGCCCUGCUGGUGGCGGUCUCGGGACUUGUCUGAUUCUACUUUCUAACGAUGAGACUGGGUUCAUGCCUUACCGGAUUGAGAAUUUUACGCUAGAGAGGCUACGCUUUCAUCAGCAAAAGUGCGAAAAGAUGGAAAACAUGCUGCAAUCUUACAGCUCUUGCAGCUAUGCCUGGGAUGAACCUUGUAGGCCACAUCGCUUGGUGAUUGAGGUUCCGGGAGCUGGUCGCCCUAUAGGAGCGUAUGGAUUGGAUGAAGUCAAAGAAUAUCCAUCAAUCAGUCUUGCCGCAACUUCAGAGAAGGCCGAAAGGAAGUGGUUGGUACACGUGCGAGCUGAAGGACCAAUAAGAGUGUUGAGUAUAGUGGAUUCUUCGGUGCAUCUGGUUAAAGGCUCAAGUGGGGCUGAUGGAAGCACUUCGGGUGAGCAUUUCUCAAGUGGUCAAAAGGUGGAAACUUCAUCUGAGCUCUUUGAUGAGUUCUCAGUGAAACUUGCGUACGUAGGAUUCUCGAUCAUCGACACCCAGCCUCAGGAAGUGGUUUACGCUUGUGCAAAAGAUUUAAGCGUGCAGUUCCUACAAGGUCAACAUCAGCAGAUUUUGAAGCUUGACGUCGCUUGGUUUCAAGUUGAUAAUCAGCUACGUUACGCUGUCUAUCCUGUCAUGCUAUCAGUUGCGAAGUCUCCGCCGAUCAUGCCUAUCAACGCCGACGAAUCAGGCAGAGAAAUUGUUAAUGUGAAUACUCAACAAACAGGUGGAAAUUCCAGGCAGCUGCUGCAGGAUGCCGCUUUUGCUAUGUCCAUUGCUAGGUGGCGUAAGCCAACUGGUUCUGUUGUAUGUUUCCAAUACAUUACAAUGACGUUGGAGCCCCUUCGUCUCGAGUUGGAGGAAAGAGUAGUUUCUUCUCUACUACAGCUUACGGAGAGUAUAUCGUGGAGUGCUUUUUGUGGAGAUGCAAAUGCUUCUCUGACAAGAACCUCUCAACCCUGGUCUGUGAUUAAUGGAAGCCAACUGUAUGGCGCACCUAUGCAACCCUUUUCUACAGCUCCAUGGAAAUACGACAUGGAACAAAUCCCUUCCACCAGUGUUUUACGAUUUACCAAACAAGUGAAGCGAUUGGAGGAAUACCGUUGCUGGGCUGCUGCUGUGGCAGUAGAGCCUAUUGAGUGGAAAUCAGAUAAGCUUUUCUCAUUUGCGAAAGAAAGGCACAAAGCCUACAUAGAGAUCCUUCGCGUUGCACCAAUCAACAUGAGUGUAAGUUUCUCUAGUGCGCCAUGGCUGGCUGAAGGUGGUCGUGGAGCAGCAGCCCGAUCUCUUUUAUGGAUGACUGGAACCCUGCUCCAGAGACAAGUUAGAGCCUUAGCUGACGUGGAAGGUGCACCGGUGCACCUGCGACAGCUUAAGCUGGCACAUCCUUUAGCGAGCUGGGAUGUCAUAUGGGGCAUGAUUACCAGACAUUACACUCGUCAACUUCUGCAAGAAGUUUACAAGGUGCUUGGAUCAGCCGAUGUUUUCGGCAAUCCUGUGGGAUUUGUAAGGAGUAUGGCAUCAGGGGUUUGGGAAUUUGUAUCAGCUCCUGCCACGAGUAUAGUCCAGAGUCCUACUGAGCUUGUGAGAGGAGUGGCUCACGGGACUCGCAGUCUUUUCACCAACACAGUUUUUGCGUUUAGUAAUGCAGCCACCCGAUUCAGCAGAGCAGCUCGAAAGGGAGUGACGGUGUUUGCCAUGGACUCGGAGUACGAUUUGGCAAUGGAGAGGCGGUUACAUAUGGAAGGAUCUCAAGAAAUCAGUGUGGUAAACGAGUUUUUAGAGGGCUUAACUGGUCUGCUUCAAGCCCCAAUCAGAGGAGCAGAAAGGCAUGGGCUUCCCGGAAUGCUAUCAGGCGUUGCUCUUGGUGUCGUUGGAGUUGUUGCGAGGCCUGUCGCAAGUAUUUUAGAAGUAGCAGGUAUGACUGCUCAAAGUAUUCGCAACAGCAGCAGACCUGCACAGUGGCGAGCAUCCCGUGUACGCCUGCCACGAUACAUCAGCGAAUAUUCUCCUCUGCUGGUCUAUUCGUGGGAGAGGGCCGUAGGUCAGGCAGUCUUACUUGAAGCUGAAGGUGGUCGUUACAAGACUGAGGUGUACUUCACAUGUAUGCCUUUGAAAGACGAUGGAAAGUUCGUGCUUUUAACAGAGUCCACACUUCUGAGGGUAAGUAGUAAAACAGCGGAGAAUGGAUCGGCGAGCAAUUCAGCUUACGGGCAGAAGUGGUACAUGGAGCUGGAAGCAGCAAUUGACGAUAUACUUCAUAUGGACCAAAGAGGAAGUGAAGUGAGCGUGCUUCUGGGCCCACCAAAUCGCCCUUUAAUCAGACCAAAGCAGAAUGCACUUGUUUCUUCCAAGUACACGACCCGCUUUACGCCGUUUGCUCAUGAAACGUUUGAGUUAGUCAGUGAAAGGGCAGCGGAUGAGCUUCAUUCUAUGCUACGGCUGCUUGAAGAUCAGAAUAGAAAAGCAAGAUCAAAGUUUUUGUUGGCUUCAUCAACUUCCCUAUCUUGUUCUGAUUUUCUUGAUCUAGAUAGGUUCUUCUAGAUCUCCACAACGCGGUGCAAGUGUGUUAAGUUCUGAGAUCAUUCUCCACGCAUUAGGUAUGUACAUAAUUUUUACAUCAGUAAGAUGGUUAUGUUGAGGAAAUUUUGAGCAGUUUACUUUGCGAGUUAUUGUUAGCUAGACAGGAGAGUAUAUCAACGGCUUAGAGUAGGAAGAAUACAUAUGAGUCUUAUCCUGAUAGAAAUUACAUUUUGCAGCAAUUUGUUAGCCGAAGAUGGUCAGGGAGCCAUUUUUUGGAUGGAGACAUCCAUCGGAGUAGUAAAAUCGCACGUUGAAACAGGGUGUGCGUAGUGGUGGUUUGGUGCUACAUUUGCAGCGGUUAUGUGUCUUAAAAGCAAUAUUUGAAUGUUGCCAAGUGCGUGGGCAAGGCAGUUCUGAAAGAGUUUCAUGAAUAUAUUGUCAAAGACUAGUGGUGCUUGUUUUGUAUCGUCCCCGCGGACUACAAACAUACGUAAGGAAGCUACCAUUAAUUUGGGGGUGGGAAAAUCUAUAUCUAAAGAUUUAAUUUAUCCUUUUUCCAGAAGUUGUUGUGGUCUUUCUACCCGUUGAUUCCGAGCUUUCUGAGCUUUUGUUUCCUGGUGAUGUGGUCGCCGUUCUACAGCCUUUUGGGGACUACUAACGCAUACUUGUACCUAC